AUGUCAUUACAUCCAAAGCCUCCCUGUAUUCCCAGAGCUCUUCCCCUCAGUUGGAUGAUCAAAACUUUGGAAGCUCGAGUCACCAUGCCUAUGUCCCGUGCCCGUCCGUUCACCAAGGCUCAACGUAACCCACCGAGUUCGGAGAAACUUGGUAUCACCAGUUUUGCUGAUUUGGUCACAAAAUAUCAGAAGAUUAUUUCAUGCACCGAAAUAUACAUCUGUGGCGAA